UAGUCAAUGUUCCACAGAGACAAGAUGCUUCCUGUCACUGCCACUUUGAGGACGACCAUGUCGAUGUUCACCUUGGUUAUUCUGGGGUGUUUGGGGUUCCAAGGGGUGAUGGCCUCUGACUCUAGGGCGUACAGAAUGUCCAUGAACAACGACAACGAUGGGCACACCACCAGUCAGCGACAGACAAGCAAUGAAAUACCACGGAGUAUCGAGGUGGAUGAUUUCAAAAUGAACGUAGUGCCGACCAGCGGCAAAGUCAUCUUAGCACCGACCGUGGUCCGACUCUACCCGCCACCUGUCAAAACGCCGCACCUUCAUGCCAACCUCCCGCUUCGCUUCGGCCGGGACUCCUUACCUGACGACACCCACUCACCCAAAACCACCCUUAAUUUACCGCAACGGUUUGGAAGAGCACAGGGGUCUGGCGCAACGGAACCGACGUCGUGUAUUGAGUGUCCCCAUGUCGGGACACUGCCCUCCGCCACCCUGCCACAGAGGUUCGGCAGGAAUGAAUUCAACCGCCGGUAUCCUUUCCGAGCUAUGGCCUUUUUCUCACGCAGGUCCGAACCCGUGCCAAAUGGAAACAUUAGGCAGCAAGACUAUAAUUCUAAUGAUUUUGGCUCAGAGGAAGCAGAGCCACUGGAGCAGGGUCUGAAGAGCUCCACGUUGGAUUUUCUCCUCUGGAACUCUUGAAACAACUCAGUCGCCACAGAAGUGGGUCCCGUUUCCCGGGUCACUUAUGUUUUUUCGUAAUUUUGAUCUACUAUGUAAUGUAUGAAUAUUGUUAAA